AAUACAUUUACAACAUUGGCCAGAAAUUCAUAUCCAUAGCUCAACCUUUUGAUGCUUCCCGUAAUCCGGAGGCUUCGGAAUUGUGUCGUUUACAUACCCAACAAUAUUUGGAAAGUUUGCAUAACUUCGAUUUGUGGGCUUUGAGAAUGCACGAUUCCACUGGUAAAUUUACAUCGGGCAUACUUAAUGGCAACAUAAAUCAGCCUGGUGAUUUUGAUCAAUGUAUGAGAAUCAAGUAUCAAAUGAAAGCAGCUAAAAGCGGGAAUAAAGCUGGAGCUAAUGCUGAUGCUAAUAAUGCUGAUGUUGAGGCAAUAAUUGAUGGUGAUGGUGGUGAUGAAAUCAAGGGACAAUAUUGUUUGGCAUAUGCACAACCAGUCUUGCCACACAAAUCGAAACGUUUACAGAAAUUUUUCAAACUACUACAAUCCCAUGGACCGUUUCAAAGUGAAUUUGAUGAUCCUGGUCACCGUGUACCACGUUAUUCUCUCGUCAAUUGGGGUAUUUGUGUGCCAUCGUCGUGCAGCAACAAAGAUGUCGAAUAUAGUGUUAAAGAGAUUCUUAACAAUAUGACAGAAUCAACAGGAACCUUCAAAGUGCGUGUAGAACCACAAAUGUGUCAAUACAAAGACAAUAAACCUUGGGAUCGUAAUACUACGUGGGCAGUACGUUUCUUUGUAACCAUCUUAUCCAUAACAAUUUUAUCAACUAUUUACCAUCAUUGUACCAAAAACAAACAAUCAAAUCCAUGGUUAUGUGCCUUCUCCUGAAAAAAUCUUACUUGGUUAUUUAGUACCUCUUCGUCGACCGAUGAUAUUAAGGUAGUACAUGGUUUAAGAUUAUUAAAUGCCAUUAUGUUGCUCUUCUCCCAUAAAUCCAUGGCCAUGUUUUUUAAUCCCUACAACAAUCGUACCGAAAUGUCGGAGAGUUUAGGUCGUUCUUGGACUGUUAUUGGUCGUGCUGCCUCUUUGUAUACCGAUCCCUUUUUACUAUUCAGUGGCAUGUUGACUGCGUAUUCAUUCUUCGGUCGCCUUAAUAAAGGUCAAUCUAUACGUUUAAAGAAUGAAUAUAUAAGUCGAAUAAUACGCAUUGUUCCACCGCUAGCUGCUCUCAUUUUAUUCUGUACCUAUAUUUUACCUAUGUGGGGAUCAGGACCUCAAUGGAAUCUCGUAGUGGGUCAUCAUGCCGAUAUUUGCAAAAAGAAUUGGUGGCGUAACUUGUUGUUCAUACACAACUAUUUCGGUUUCAGUGAAAUGUGUUUGACACACACUCAUCAUUUGGGUAUUGAUACUGAAUUGUUUGCUGUUGCUCCCAUUAUGAUCUUAGCUAUGUGGAAAUGGCCUCGUAAGGGUAUGACUACUUUGUUGGUAUUGUGUUUCAUUGGUACAGCGGCCCGUUACUAUACGACGGUGGUAAAUGAAUUGUCCAAUUACAUUUAUUUCGGCACAAACAUCCAAAGACUUUUCCGCACUGCUGACUAUAUGUAUUCCUUCCCACCCAUGCGUUCGACUGUUUAUAUUAUGGGCAUUUUCUUGGGUUAUGGUUUACGUCAAUUCCGCAAUGUUCGCUUGAGUAGAUCUCAAUUAAGAUUGGGUUGGUUUGUCUCCAUUAUUUGUCUGGUGGCCUCUAUAUUGGGCCCUGCUCCUAUGGGUGAUAUUAACUACACCUAUAAUUCUACUCAUGCUGCUAUUUAUGCCGCCUUUGCUCCCAUUGCUUGGUGCAUAUUCUUCUGUUGGGUGGUAUUUGUUUCACACAAUGGUUAUAAGAAUGGCAUAACAAAUUUCUUUUCCUGGAGAGGUUUCCAAGUGUCCACCAAACUGUCCUAUGCCAUAUAUUUAACACAAUUCCCCAUAUUCUUCUUUAAUGUAGGACGUCGUCGUCAUAUACAUCAUUAUUAUAAUUUUGUGUCCAUUAUUCUUGAUACCAAUGAAUACAUUUGCAUAUUCUUGGCCUCUGUAGCCUUAACAGUGCUUUUCGAUGCUCCCUUCCAAAAUAUUAGGAAAAUCUUGAUAAAACGUCCCUCACCAGCCAUUAGCAAAGUUUCGUCUAACGAAACAAUCUCAAGUAAAAGCACUACCAACACUACCACCAGCCCUAUUGAAACCUGUGAUGACAAGACAUUAGAAUCGUCUGUAAAGCAUUUACAUUCCGAUUAAAAUGUUUGUUUAUUUGUACAUAUUGUAUUUAGUAGUUUUAAAUUUUAUUUAAAUUAAUUUAAGAAAUUUUCAUAUAAAUUAAGUAAACUUUUCCUGUACAUAAAUGUAAACAAACUCAAAAAUGUAAAAUCUAAGUUAUUAACGGUUUUCGAACAUAAAUCUUCAUAUUUACAAGCAUACUUUCAGGCUUGUGUUAUAAAACACCAAGUUUAUGUCAUGACUACCGUUAUUUUUACCUUUUGUUUUCUUUCCCUUCAUCAUUCCAUAAUUGUUAUCUCUUAAGUUUGGAAACAAAACAUCUUAGUCACUUUUUUAUUAUUUUAAUUUUUUUUAUUUUAUUUUGUAUUUAACAUUUAAUGUAUUUUAUUUGUAUAAUUAUUAUUUGUAUAAGCCAUAAAUGUUCAAAAGAAUUUAUAAAAAAUCAUCAUAAUUAAAU